GUGAAUGUUCAAGUUCCCAUUCAGGAAGAGAGAACAAAUGCCUCUCUGCUGCCCUGUCUCCUAACAUUCCAGCAUUCAUAGGGCCUAGCAAAGGGGCUACCACAUCACAAUGUGGCAUGGAUGCCUCGCACACGGGUGACAUCUUCUGGGUGCUGGCAUUUACUGUCCCACUUCUGGUGAUUCUACUUGUGCUUUGCAUUGACUGCCGGGACCCUGAAUUAGACACACCAUCUGUUGAUGAUUACCAGUACAAGCCUUCAACUAGUGCACAUUCGAGUUCAACAUUCAAGUUGCUACGACGUCCUCCCUCCCCACCUUGGCCUGCCGUUUCAUCCCAACCAGACGUGUGGAGGCACAGCAGAUGGCCCCCAUGCAGUCUUUCCUAUCCAGUACCAUCAUACAAAGUUGAAACGGAUAAUGAAAGCAUUCCCAGUUAUGAAAACCAAGGUGAAGUACAAGCUGGUGCCACUGAUGAUGAGGAUAAUGAUGACAACUAUGUCCCUCCAUACAUUGACGUGCUGCCAGAUGUGCCACUUACAGUUCAAGGCAAUGAAGACGGUGCUUCCACAGAUUCCCUAGGGGAGCAGUAUGAGAAUGUGCUCGAGUGUGAGCGGAAUUCACCCGGUGAAUAUGUCAACGUACUAGAACCAGAAGCCACCAUCAUGGAUCCUUGUUUUGUUGGCAGUGGCACCAGUGAUCGGGAAAGUGAAGAUGACACUCCAGACUAUGAGAAUGUCUGUCCUGGGCUUUGAGAUUGAAAGGUUCAUUUGCCGGUUGCUCCAGUCACCUAUAUGCAGGAUGCAUUCAUUACCUUGUUGGCCUAAGACACUGUCUUUCCAGCCACCCUCAAAUAUUGCCAUAACUUAUUGUCCUCCUUUGCACUUUGGCUGACACAUCCUGAGAAUUUUCCAUAAUACUAUAGAAUCUUGGUAGCAAGAUUCAGAAGCUUGACUGUCCAUGUGGAACUGGUCUUCCAACAGUCCCCCACCCCCAGCCCGCAAGGCAUUCUGGGUUGUUUAUGUCUCUUGGCUAAAUAAAGAACUGGUAAUUCCCU